CGCCCCUUGGAGGCUCCAGGUGCGGCUGUGGGACCUCGGACCGCGGCAGGGCCAGGGCCGGGGCCGGGGCCGCGGCGCCAUGGCCGAGUCCCAGCUGAACUGCCUGGACGAGGCGCACGUGAACGAGAAGGUUACCGAGGCGCAGGCCGCCUUCUACUACUGCGAGCGGCGGCGGGCCGCGCUGGAGGCGCUGCUGGGCGGCGGCGAGCAGGCCUACCGCGAGCGGCUCAAGAAGGAGCAGCUGCGGGACUUCCUCUCCAGCCCGGAGCGCCAGGCCCUGUGGGCCUCCUGGAGCCCCUACGAGGACGCCGUCCCCGCCGCCAACGCCCGGGGCAAGAGCAAGGCCAAGGCCAAGGCCCCCGUGCCGGCGCCGGCUGAGUCCAGCGAGUCCCUGGCCUACUGGCCCGACCGUUCCGACACCGAGGUGCCUCCUCUGGACCUGGGCUGGACGGACACUGGUUUCUACCGUGGCGUGAGCCGGGUCACGCUCUUCACCCACCCCCCCAAGGACGAGAAGGCGCCGCACCUCAAGCAGGUGGUCAGGCAGAUGAUCCAACAGGCCCAGAAGGUCAUUGCUGUGGUCAUGGACCUCUUCACCGAUGGUGAUAUCUUUCAAGACAUUGUGGAUGCUGCCUGUAAGCGCCGGGUCCCAGUGUACAUCAUCCUGGACGAGGCGGGAGUGAAGUAUUUCCUGGAGAUGUGUCAGGACCUGCAGCUCACUGACUUCCGGAUUCGGAACAUCCGUGUCCGCUCUGUGACAGGCAUUGGCUUCUACAUGCCCAUGGGGAGGAUCAAGGGGACCCUGUCAUCAAGGUUCCUGAUGGUGGAUGGUGACAAAGUGGCCACUGGAUCUUACAGGUUCACCUGGAGUUCCUCUUACGUGGACAGGAACCUCCUCCUGCUCCUGACAGGGCAGAACGUGGAGCCCUUUGACACAGAGUUCCGGGAGCUGUACGCCAUCUCCGAGGAGGUGGACUUGUAUCGGCAGCUGGGCCUGGCGGGCAGGGUUGGCCUCCACUACUCCUCCACUGUGGCUCGAAAGCUCAUCAACCCCAAGUACGCCUUGGUGUCAGGCUGCCGCCACCCGCCUGGGGAGAUGAUGCGCUGGGCUGCCCGGCAACAGCGGGAGGCGGGCGGCAACCCAGAGGGGCAGGAGGAGGGCAGCAGCGGUGGUGAGUCGGCCCGGCGCCUGGAGAGCUUCCUGAAAGACCUGGUUACAGUGCAGCAGGUGCUGCCACCCGUGGAGCCCAUCCCCUUGGGAGAGCUGAGCCGGAAGGAUGGCAGGAUGGUCUCUCACAUGCACAGAGACCUGAAGCCCAAAUCCCGAGAGGCACCCAGCCAAAAUGGCAUGGGAGAAGCGGCCCGCGGAGAGGCCGCCCCCGCCAGGCGCUUCAGCAGCAGGCUCUUCAGUCGCCGAGCCAAGAGGCCCGCGGCGCCCAAUGGCAUGGCCAGCUCUGUCUCCACCGAGACCUUCUCUGAAGUGGAGUUUCUGACGGGGAAGAGGCCCACCGAGAAUUCCAGUGCGGACAUCUCAGUUCUCUUUGAAGGUGUCACUUCUUCCAGGAAGCCAUUUCUGUCCCUCCCGAGAUGGAGUCCCAUGUCCCUACCAUUUGCUUCCAGGGCACCUUCUCACAGCACUGCAUCAUGGUUAUCUGCUUAUCUGCUGGACACCCCUACUAGACUGAGGUCCUUGAAGGAAGAGAGAGUGUAUCACUCAUCUGCACAGCCUUUGUAACUUAGUAAAGUGCCUGACAUGCUCACUAAACAUUUACUGAGUAAUUAUUUAUUUGAGGGCCUUUUGUGAUCAUAACAAUGCGAAGGACACAAAGAUGAAAAAGAAACCAUCUGCUUCAAGGUACUUACAACUGAAAUGUAUCAAUUACCCAGAAAGUCAAGCACCAACUUAAGUGCUAAAACAGAGGUCCAAGCAACCAACUUUGAAGGUUAGGAAGGUUUUAGAUUCUGAAUGUUUCUCAUUCAUUGUGUUUUUGAGUUCAGAAUCCCCAUAUUGGAAGGCUAAUAUGGGGUAUGUGCAUACAAUUUUAAGGAUUCAUGUUCUCACAACCUAUAUUAGAAUUUGACGCGUGAUCUUUCUUCUGUCCUUCUUGCAGUUGCCCUAGGAAUACAUGCCACUUACUCUUAAUUGACGUUUAUGAAAUACCUUGGCUUCAUUUGCUGAAAGGCUCUAAGUGUUGAGCAUUGUUACUAUGUUACAAUGGUUGUUUUAUUAUUAAAAUAGUGCCAAGGAGGUUACACAACAGCUUGGAUCAGGAAGCGAAACAUGGGCGGUGAUCCCACUGAAGCUACAGGGGAUGGGGAUUUGGGACGGUAAAAUGUUAAUUACCCAAGAUGGAAUGUGGGCUAGAGUCCAGCGUUGUGCUCCUGGAGAUCAUUUAGGUCGCAAAAGCUCAGGGCUGGCACUCUGGCAAUGGGUCCUAAGCAUCCUGCCCUCCUCUGGCUGAAAUGUUGGAUUCACUUCGAUGAAUGCUGCUACAGAGAAAGAACCCAGUGGCCACCAGCCAGGAGCACACGUCUUGCUCAGCAUCAACUAUCCUGGAAGAUUUCCAGGAGCUGAAGGGCUGUUCUCUUUGCAUGCAAUAAAUUAUUCAUUUCUAAGACAAUUUAUUGUCUCUCUCUUUAGACUUGAUUUCUCCUAGUUUUCCAGCUCUUGAGGACUCUCUCCAAAGAAUGAGUUGUAGAUGGUUGGUCAGGGGUUGUGAGUGGCGGGUAGGCUUCACAUAAAAGGAUGGUAGAAAUGUCUACCUUAACUUAAAGGGGAGAGGAAUGGGUCCUGGGGAGGAAGAUGCGGUGGAGGCAAUGACAACCUCUCCAUAGUAAGUCCCCAACAAAGUCAAUUUCAGAAACUGACUGAAGACUUUGAGUUCCAAAUGAAACGUUUUUAAGAUGCUGGGUUGGCUGACAAGUACAUCGUCUAAGGUGGAGGCACUAAAGCAUAAUAAAAAGAGUGAAGUCUCUGCAGUUUGACCGAGGACCAGAUGACAGGCCUACCAACGACUUUGUAUCUGGAUGACCUUGGGCAAGUUUUCUAAGCUCUCGCCAGCCUUAAUUUCCCAUCUAUAAAAACUGGAUACUGCAUCACUCCCAGGUUUAACCAGAUAAUGUUUGUGAAGAAAGCAGCCCAAUACUUCGCACAAAAUAGGCAUGGGAGUCACUAUUAUCGUCAACUACUGGCCAAACAACCAGACUUGACCCCAAAUCCCCAGUAAACAAUUAAACGUAGCAGAGCGAAUCCGGAUCUGACGCACCUAUUUGCCCAAUAAGGUGCCAGGAAAUAACACAGUGGAGUCAAACCAAUGGUAUUAGCCCUUGUUGUUGGACGGGCUUUCUUGCUGUUCCACCAAUAGCUUGAAGAUUUGACUGGGGAGUGACAUCUUGACAGUCCAAUGACGCACAACCAGCCCACACUCAGCACUUCGGUGGGGAUAAAUCAAGGAGCCGGCACGUAUAGAUUCCGUUAUAGGGCAGUACUGGAUGGAGAGAGGAGCUUAGGGAAACAGCGCCGAGGCAAGGCACUAAUGAGCUAAAAAUAAAGAAAAAAGACGAUGGUUGCGUCAAGCGACCUCGGCCG